UUCGAUUACUACAAGUUGCUCGUGAAGGAAACGGAGAGGAGUGGAGAGGUAACCCUAACCCCCAAAUCCUGGAGCGCCUCCUUCAAUCCCCAGCACCCCCGGCCGAAAUCCUAAACUCAGACGGCGUCCGGAUCGAUGGCGGGCCGCGCCUCGGUCGAUUCCCCCGGCGACGCCUCCCCCUGGCCGGCGUCGAUUCUCCUCGCCCAGGAGGCGUACGUCGCCGCCAGCAGGAACCACACCACGGCCACAGCCAAAUCGAGGGUCGACCACACCGUGGAGGUCACCUUCUGGAUCGCCGACCCGCCGGCGGUGUCCUUCUACACGUUCCACUGCUCCAAGCCCCCCACCUCCGACUCCGACUCCGAGGACGCCGCCGACUUGCAAGUUCAGCCUCACCUGGUCGGCGCGGAGGGCCGAUUCGUCGUCAUCCGCACCUUCUUCGCUUCCGGAGACGGCGACUUUGAAUACUUCAUCUACAAGGGCGACCCCAGGUCCCCGUCCCUCGAAAGCGUCCCGCUUCCUGAUGAUGAUAGGCUGCACGGAGCCUGCGAGUUUGGGAUCGUGCCCCGCGGGGACGGCGACCAUUAUCUCCUGAUUGCGCUCUGUGACACGGCGACCUUGAAGGAUUACCGACUACACAUCUACUCGUCUGAGGACAGAGCAUGGAGGACCAAGGAGCUGCUCAAUCCAUGUCCUGGGGUCCUUACGAUUACACAGGACAAGGUGAUGCUGCUCCGAGAUGGCGUGCUGGUGUGGGUCGAUUUGCUGUGCGGCAUGCUGGUGUGUGACGUACUUCAAGAACGAGAACCCCUUCACACGCGCUACAUCCCAUUGCCUGAGCCAUUGCCUAGAAACAGAGAACAAAUUUUGAAGCAGUUAAUCCCGGGAGCUGGCGUCAGGCGUAUUCGGGAUGUCGCCUAUGUCGAUGGUCUGAUCAAGUUUGUUGAGAUGGAACACCGCGUCACUGUAACAGAGAUUGUAGAGGUUCCUCCUGAAAAGCCGUCUGACCCCAGGAACAAGACUGUGCUCUAUGAUUCUGACUUGAUCAUGCUCUACAAGCACAAACAUGUGGACAACAAGCCCAAGACACUGCGCACAAUGCAUGGUUGGAGUGCCAUGACAUGGACUAGGGAGAUUGGGUCUGACUGUUGGCUCAAGGGAGUCAUUGUUGAUGCUGAUGACAUUUUGGUCGAUGACUCGGCGUUUUCGGGCUUACUCUCUGGCCAAAGGAAUGAAUCCGCCGGGAGCUUGGCUUUCAAGAACAUGCACUCGGCUUGCCCCACCCUGAACACUGAAAGUGGAAGCACCUGGGGCGCACCCUUUUGGAAAAUAUUCUCCUUCGUGUCAAAUGUUCCUUCCGUGUGCAUUGGUGAACCAUCUAAAAAUGACUCCUGGCAUUAAAGUCUCAGCAAUUCAGACAGCACAGACAAGCAGCUCUUCGAAUGAGCCAAAUAAUACAGCUGUCUGUGUCAGUGAGCCUGAUUCCUAUGAAUCUGAAAACAAACGUCCAAGGCUAUUGGCUGAGAAAGCCAACCAUGCACAAAAUUUAGCUCACAGUACUGUACGGAAUGUUCAUAGCUCACAAGCCUGUCCUGAUCAAAACAAUAUGCCUCCACAACGAUGCUUCAACAGGUGGGAGGGGCCUGGUUACGGUGGGUACUCAUCAUGCCCCCCUCAAAACAAUCCGCUACCACAAUGUUUCAACAAGUUCACUGGACCCUGCAACCCUGUGUAUGCACUGUCGGCCCCUGCCCCUAACAUACAUAGCUACGGCAACUAUCAAUUGUUGUGGCAGCAGCCACUACUACCGGAGCAGCAGAUGGCACCUAGCAGGGCAUUUGGACCUCAUGUGGCACCCCAUCCAUACUUCAACAACUGGCGUGGAGCCAGACACCAUGGGAAUUCACAGCAAUACCCUGCCGGUAACUCAUAUUACUAUGGUGCGCACUCAGGCAGUGGCAACCAAGGAUUUGGUUACCGUCCGAUUUACUACGAUCACCGAUACUAACCACGUUUACUGACCCCCUCCGGUAAAGCUUUCUGCCACCCUUGCUGUCUGAAAAAUUCCGAGUUAAUUUGAAUUGGAGGUAUUAACUAUAUAAUUAACUGCCGUAUUCAGUAUAUAUCACGGGUUUGACUCCUAGAAGCAUCACUACUAGUUCCAUGUGAAGAAAAUGUAAAACUAUUAUGUUGGAGGUUGAACCUGUGUUCCCCACGAACUGCUGUAAAGCACGCCUACCAUUACACUACUGCAAUUGCUGUUUUAGUGUAUGUAUAGGUUUCUACCUCUUUUGUCAUUUAAAAUAUAGAUUCAAAUUUCAGCUUCCCCCUAUUCAGUUGCAGCUUCCCAGUAAACACUUAGUGGUGUUUGGACCUCGUGCGGUAAGACAUCGAGGUAUGUUUCAAACUGAAAUUUAGAUGUGGUUGCACUGUUGGCCUUUAAGAAAACUAUGUACGAAAAUAUUAGCCUCACAUAGUUAGAUACUGUAUAUUGGAGCGUACAAGUAAAGCUGUCCUGUAUUAGUAUUCACGGGUGUGAAAUAUGAAAAAACAGCAACUGUUUUUCUGAAGUGUGAGCACAUCAGUGAAUGGCGCUUAACCUCUUAAAGAGGUACUUUGAAAGAAGCGAAUGUUUGAUAAAGGUGUGGUAAGGGUCAGAGGGUGAUGGAGGGUGGCGGCUCCUUGAAGAAGGAAGAAGGUUCUCCCUCCCUAGCCCUCGUCCCGUGGUGCAUGUAGCAUCGUCGGAGGGCAUGUGAAGGUGUGUCUCCGGUGUAUCUCGCCGGAUUCAGGCUGUAUUUUUCUUCGUUCGUCUAAGUUUGUGUGUUUAUAUGUUGGAUCCUUCCAAUCUAAUCUUCUCUUCAUCGGUGACGGUUACUGUUGGCGUGCUGGUCAUGUUGGUCAUGUGGGGCCUUAGCACGACGACUUGACGACUUUCCAACUGUAUACUACAAUGAAGUUUGCCUGGCUCCGAUGAGGAACACCGUCAGCUCGCUCCAGUGAUUGUAGUCGUUGUUGGAUAGAAGGUCUACAGACUUGGUUGUAAUUUAUGUUACUUUAAAUGUUCUUUGUACUGCCAUGACAGUUGAUGAAUAGAUUGAAAGUUUUUUCCAAAAAAAAAGGCUAUCUAUUGCAUGGUCGUUGUGGCCUUGUGGGUAUCUUACAUCCGGGAUUUUUAUUGUACCUUUAUUUCCUGGGGUACUCCUGUUGCCUACCAGUAUUCAAAGAUAUAGCCCAUUAGAUCAAGUUGGAGCGACCGUUAAUGUUCAUUUG